ACUUAUAUUCCAUGUGAUCCUGACAAAGUUAUCGCUGUCAUUGAAUCGAAAAUGCCUGACCAUACUUCUGAAAGUGAACCUCAAGAUGAAACGUCUCACAAGAUUGCCAACCAUAUUCUUGAAUUAUUUGAACACGAAGUCACUAUGGGACGAUUACCACCGCAGCUUCUCCCUUUGCAAUCUGGUGUUGGAAAUAUUGCUAAUGCUAUCAUUGGAGGUCUUGCUGAUGGACCUUUCACUGAUGUUGAAGUAUGGACAGAAGUUAUUCAAGACACAUUUCUUGAUUUCUGGGAACAUCAUAAACUAUCUUUCGCUUCAGCCACAAGUGUGGCAUUUUCACCAUCUGGAUUUAAAAGAUUUUACGAAAUGUGGAAUGAAUUAAAAGAUCGUUUAGUUCUUAGAAGUCAAAGUGUCAGUAAUUCACCCGAAAUAAUUAGAAGAUUGGGC